AUGGAUUUGUACAUUGUACUGGUAGCGCUGUUUCCUUUAUGGAAUUGUGUUGUAUGUGAAGAUACAGCUGCCGAUGACAUUGGCCCUCACAUGGUGAUAAGGAUAGCGGAACUCCUUAGCCCUGAGGAAUGCCAAGAUUUCAUCAGCAGAAUCAAUAGACCUGAAGACGAUCUGGUUAAGAAAGUCUCAAACCUGUCUCCAAAACGACGCAGGCGCAGAGAGAUUGUGACCAAGGAGCAAUGUUUGGCAACAUUACAGAAAUGGUUUGAUGAAAAAGGGGAAUCAGUCUAUUGGGACCGGAUCUCUACUAUUUUAUAUCAAGUGGGACGACCUGAUGUUUCUAAAGAACUUGGAAGAAAUCUCAAUCAGGACAAAAUUCUGGAGAUUGAGAAGAACGCUGAUGAAUAUAAGCAAAAAAUGCUGGAUUCAUCUCUGCUUCUUCCGAAUGAAGAAUUUUCUGAAAUCGAUGCCAGGCAGAGAGAUGUUUUCAACUUUGAGGAUAUGGAUUGGGAUCUCAUUAUUGAAAGAAAGCCACGCCCACCUUACCAGCGAGCGCUUACCGAGUGGUGCUGGUACAUGUUAUAUGGUGUUAUUAUUGGAUUCCUGGGAGGAGCUGUAAUGGUGGUCAUGAUCUAUCUAUUGCUCUUCAGGGUUUUAAAGAUUGAUGGAAGAGAGAGAGAUUUUUACAAGAUUGUCUGAUAAUACAUGUCUGCA